UUAUUUCCGGGGUGGUUGGAUGAAUUUAUUUUCCCUUGAGAUGCUUCCAUUUCUCAAAAAAGAAAAAUAAACUUUUCUAUCUUAGCUUAAUUAAGUCACCAUAUGCACAAUAAUGAAUGAUCUUUUUCUCUCUCCUUCUCUUUCUCGCGCCAAAUCUUGGCUUUAACUUUCCAACUUCUAUUUUCUUCUAAUCUUUUCCCUCCUUUUCUCUCUGCCCAUAUUUUCUCUUUAAUUUCCUUUCUUUUAAACUUCCUUACAAUACUUUUUCAGCACACCCUUGUCCUUUCACCUAAAUAUUUUCUUCCAUCAGUUCACACUAGUCCAAGACUCCAUUUCUCGUGUACUAAAAUACACCCAUUUUGCCCACUCUGUAUUACUAAAAAUCAAUGGAUUCUGUAAGACCAUCUCCAGCUCCAAGUAAGAGUAGGUUAGCAAAGACAUUUCAAAGAGUAAUCCAUAGAAAAAACUCAUCAAAACCUUUUUCCAACAAUGGGUUUUGCCUACUCAUACCUCAAGAAAAACUCAGAUGUUGUGAGUCACAACACUUUGACAAAGAAGAAAUUGAAGAAUGCAAAGAACAUACAAAAAACAAAGCUGUUAUGGAGGCUUUUGUUGCUAAGCUUUUUGCCACUGUUUCUUCUGUUAAAGCUGCUUAUGCUGAGCUUCAGUUAGCUCAGUUCCCUUACAAUAAUGAAGCUAUUCAAGUUGCAGAUCAAGCUGUGGUUGAUGAACUCAAAGCUUUAUCUGAACUCAAACACAGUUACAUCAAACACCAGAUUGAUUCUUCACCACCCCAUGUAACCCUAAUGCUUGCUGAGAUUCAAGAACAACAAUCAGUCAUGAAGACAUACGAAAUCACCAUGAAGAAAAUGCAAGGAGAAAUUGAAUCCAAAGGAUACAACAUAUGUACUCUCCAAAAUGAGCUACAAGAAACCAUACAAAACAACAGAUCACUUGAAAGAAAGCUCAACGCUAGUGGAUCAUUCUCUAUUCUUGACAAUGUGAAGUUUUCAGAUGUAAAUCCUAAAGAUUUCAUCAUGGUUUUGCACUAUGCUAUGAGAUCUAUACGCAACCUUGUUAAGUUCUUGAUUAAGGAAAUGGAGUCUGCUAACUGGGAUAUUGAUGCUGCUACAAACUCUAUACAAAAUGGUGUUACUUUCCAGAAAAGUAAUCACAGAGCUUUUGCAUUUGAAUCUUUUGUUUGCAGAGAGAUAUUCAGUGGGUUUAACGAGCCAACUUUUAAUGUUCAAAAUGAUGAUUCUUUAUUUUCCGGCAUAACAAGUCGGCGGAAUUUCUUCUAUGAACAGUUCAAGAAGUUGAAAUCUGUGAGUGUAACUCAUUUUCUCAAACAAAACCCUUCUUCUCUGUUUGGUAAAUUCUUGAAAGCUAAAUACCUUCAUUUAGUUCAUCCAAAAAUGGAGUUUUCCUUUUCUGGAAACUUAAAUCAAAGGAAACUUGUAAACUCAGGUGAGUUCCCGGAAACAGAGUUUUUCAAGGUUUUUAGUGAGAUGGGUAGGCGCGUGUGGCUUUUGCAUUGCUUAGCAUACUCUUUUGAUCAACAAGUUAGCAUUUUUCAAGUGAAAAAAAACUGUAGAUUUUCAGAAGUCUACAUGGAAAGUGUCACAGAUGAGAUUUUCUCCACUGCCGGCGGUGAGUUCAAGGUGGCGUUCACGGUGGUUCCAGGGUUUAAAGUUGGUAAAACGGUGGUUCAAAGUCAGGUAUAUUUAUCUCCGGUAAAUCCUCCGGCCAAGCACUAGUAGUAAAUAUUAGAGGAAAAAGUAAGUAAAAUCACAUCCCCACGCGCUCACACGCGCCGCCACAGCUUGUAAAUGGUUGGAUCAGCUAUCAACAUUCUUCCAAUAAAUGAGUUGAUGGUUAAGAC